UCCCCUACCCCUCUCCUUCAAUCUCUCAUCAUCACCCUCUUAUUAUUCUCUUCCCUCUCUAUUUUCCUCUUAUUUUCUUACUCAUAUAAGAAAUGUGCAGCUCUAAGGCUAAGGUGACCAUUGGUGUUGAUAUGACUCCGGCGGUGGCCAAGAUCAAUGGCCGCCCGGUCCUUCAACCCACUUGUAAUCGUGUUCCUACCCUUGAAAGGCUUAAUUCCCUGAAGAAAAUUUUACCAAAGUCUCCACCUCCUCCUCCACCACCUCCACCACCAAGCGUUGCUCCUUUGUCUCCGAAGUCUAAGUCACCAAGACCAGCAGCUAUCAAGAGAGGAAGUGAUCCUAAUGGCUUGAAUUCAAGUUCUGAGAAGGUUGUAAUUCCAAGAAACACCAUAAAAGCUCCAGGAUUAGAGAGGAAGAAAUCUAAAAGUUUUAAAGAAAGCAGUGUCUCUUCUUCCUCUUGGUCUUCUGCAGAAGCGUCAUUGAGUUAUUCUUCUUCUUUAAUCGUUGAAGCUCCAGGAAGCAUUGCUGCUGUAAGACGAGAACAAAUGGCUCUUCAACAUGCACAGAGAAAGAUGAGAAUUGCUCAUUAUGGAAGAUCAAAGUCUGCCAAGUUUGAAUCCAACGUUGCUCCUUUAGAUUCUUCAACCACCAAGCCUGAAGAGGAGGAGAAAAGAUGCAGUUUCAUUACAACAAAUUCUGAUCCCAUCUAUAUUGCUUACCAUGAUCAAGAAUGGGGAGUUCCUGUCCAUGAUGAUAAGUUGUUGUUUGAAUUGCUAGUCUUAAGUGGUGCUCAGGUGGGUUCAGAUUGGACUUCAAUCUUGAAGAAACGUCAAGACUUCAGAGAUGCAUUUUCUGGUUUUGAUGCAGAAACUGUGGCCAAUAUCUCUGAAAAACAAAUGAUGUCAAUCAGUGCAGAAUAUGGAAUUGAUAUAAGCAGAGUUCGAGGUGUUGUUGACAACUCUAACAGAAUUAUUGAGAUAAAGAAGGAAUUUGGAUCGUUUGAGAAAUAUAUAUGGGGAUUUGUGAACAAGAAGCCAAUCUCAACCCAGUACAAAUUUGCACACAAGAUACCAGUGAAGACUUCAAAAUCCGAGAGUAUAAGCAAAGACAUGGUGAGAAGGGGAUUUUGGUUCGUGGGUCCAACAGUGGUUCACUCAUUCAUGCAAGCAGCUGGCUUGACCAAUGACCACUUGAUUAGUUGCCACAGACACCUCCCAUGCACCCUAUUGGGUGCACUGCAGCCAACCGCACAAGCCAAGCACAGCCUAUAGAAAAUCAGAGGAAUAACAAAGUUACUCUAACUUGGAAUUGUUAAGUUUUUGUUGUGCAUAAUUACAGAUCUAGGAAAAGGGUUUGUGACUUUGUGAUUUUUUUUUUUAUAUAUAUUUUUGAAUUUUUAAAUGACUGUUUGGGUGUGGAAAAUAAUAGAAUCAUAGGGAGGAGAAUUAAAAGAAAAGGAAGGUUGGGGGAUAGUGGUGGAGGAGACAGGCGGCAUGUGCAAUUGGGAGGCAAGGGCAUGUGUGGAGUGUCAGCUACUUUUUAUUCCAUGUGACCUAUCACACUUGCAUUAUUUGUUUUUUUGUUUUAAAUAAUUAACAGUCUGUGUGAGAUACUUGGAGCUGGAGAGAAAGGCAGGGAGGGGGAGGGGACCCACAUCUCUCUAUAUAUAAAUAUAUAUAUUUGUGUUAGUUUGUGUUGGAGUUGGUUUUUUCUAACAUUUGAUUGGGGAAUAUUAUUAUUAUAUAGCCCAAAUGGGCAAAUGUAAGUUGGAUUUGGUGUGAAGUUUGAAUGGCUUUUGAUAC